AUGCCGCAGCCAAGGAUACCCCCUCCAGCAAACGCGACAUUUACGGCAAAUUAUCCACCCCCACAGAGCGCAUUCGCUGGCCAGGGGUGGAAUGCGCCACCUCCACAAAACACAUUCGCUGGCCAGGGGUGGGGUGCACCACCUCCACAAAACGCAUUCGCUGGUCAGGGGUGGGGUGCACCACCUCCACAAAACGCAUUCGCUGGUCAGGGGUGGGGUGCACCACGUCCACAAAAACGCAUUCGCUGGCCAGGAGUGGGGCAGCAGCCCAAGAAGAACAGGCAAGGUGGGCCCGAUACUGGCAAGCUCAGGUUGCGCCAGCUCCGCUAUCUGUGCCAAGUCCUUAU